AGAAAAUCUGACAAUUUCCUUUCACUUUGUUUGUAUUCAUUUGUAAAUUGGCACCAUUCCUUCUUUAAAUGAUGCUUUCUCUGCCCACACCCUUUCCUUCAUCACAAUCUCACCAUUGAACCCAUAAUCACACAAACAAAGAAAGUGAAGAAAAUGGGUGCAGAUGAAGAUUACAUAGACAUGGAAAUAACUUCAUCUUCUUCAUCAUCAUCAUCAUCUCCAUCUUCAAACUUAUUCUCCAUCAUAAACUCCCCACCACAAAACAGAGAAUUCGAAUUCCAAUUCCAAAUGUCAACUCCCCCAACAACAACAACAACCACAACCACAACCGAUCUUCAUCAUCAUAAUAAACAACAUUCCAUCUUUUCUCCAGCCGAUGAACUCUUCUUCAAAGGAAAACUCCUCCCUCUUCAUCUUCCUCCUCGUCUCCAAAUGGUUCAAAUUCUCUCCACAACAACGGCUCCCUGCACAACUUCCCACACUCCCAUGGAAUCAUGCAACAUUUCUCCAACAGAAUCUUGCCGACCCAGCUGCGAACUCAACCCAGAUGAUUAUUUCUUUGAAUGGUCAUCCGAGUUGAACGGAUUCUUCACCGGAGAUAAUAACAAUACUAACACUAAUAAGCUCAUUCAUAAGAAAUCAUGGACUGCCAUUUCCAAGAAGAUCAGGUUACUUAAACAAUCUUCAUUUGGACAGAGACUUAUGUCUUCUAGAUCUUAUUUCAAGUCACUCUUCACUACCCGCUCAAUUUCUUCAUCUUCAUCUGUUGAAAAACCCAUUUCUGUGGAUUCUAAGAUAAUCAAGAAAAACCCAUUUCUGCAAAUUGGAAAAUCGACAUUUCCCAUUUCAGUUGAAGCUAUUACUACUCAUAGGAAGUCUUUUUCAGGGGCGAUUAAGAGACAUUCACCCACCAAAUGUCUUUCUUCUUCCUUCUCCAGUACCGAUUCUUCUUCUUCUUCUUCAUCAAAUUCAUCUUCUUCAUCGAUUUCAAUCCGUUCAAUGGGGUUUCAUGAAUUACAGUUACUUAAACGCAGCUGCAGCGCCAAUUCUGAGCUUGAGAGUUCCAUUGAAGGUGCUAUUGCUCACUGUAAAAAGUCUCAGCACCAUUUCAAUUCAAUGACUGCAGUUUCUGAAGAUAAAGAAAGAUGAUUUGGUUUUGAUUUCAGUUUUUCUUUUGUCUCUUUUCUUGUGUUUGUAAUCUUUGUUAUGCAUGGUUUAAUUAAAGUGUAUAUGUUAGACCAUAUAUACUAUGUAAUUUUGAGUGUUCUUCUCAUCUUGUUCAGCAUCAUCAUCA